AUGAAGUUGGGUAAAUUAGGAGUGGGUUUGAAUUUGAUUUUUUGUGAAGAAAUGAAACUCCACGUAAACUUUCUCCAAUUGGCUCACAAGAAACAGGCAGGAAUGGCAGGAGAAGGAGAUGACACUCUAUUUGUAAGGGCAAUAACUGGUAGUGCUACGACGACUCCCACCCCUCCUACUAUACUGGGCUUCCACUUCUGA